AUGGUUCUGGCAAAGUCCAAGAACUCGGUCGGUUUGGGCAACGCCCUCAUGAACGAUCGCUUCGGUAAAGGCAAGGGAACCGACAGGAAGCGAACUUCCGCCAUCACCAGAACAAACCACGCUACAGGCGAACAAUAUCUCGUCAACGAGAAGAAGGAUGCUGCUUGGGUCAAGAUGCGCUCCGUCACGGAGCAAGGCGAUCUCGACGAGUUUUUGGCCACAGCCGAGUUGGCAGGAACCGAUUUCACUGCUGAGAAGACAAACAAUGUCAAGAUCAUCCACACAGACCAGAAGAACCCAUACCUCCUUUCAGCGCAAGAGGAGAAGGAUGUUCUUGGAAAGCACAAGCAGCACAAGGGUCGUCUCUCUGUGCCCCGAAGACCCAAGUGGGAUUCCACAACAACACCCGACGAGCUCGACCGUCUAGAGCGAGAGAGUUUCCUCAACUGGAGACGCGGCCUAGCUGAGCUUCAAGAGAACAACGAUCUUCUUAUGACACCAUUUGAGCGAAAUUUGGAAGUUUGGCGACAACUUUGGCGAGUUAUCGAGCGAUCAGACCUUAUCGUACAGAUUGUCGAUGCCAGAAACCCUCUACUAUUCCGUUCGGAGGAUCUCGAUGAUUACGUCAAGGAGAUUGACCCCAAGAAGCAGAACCUUCUCCUUAUCAACAAGGCAGAUAUGAUGACGCCCAAGCAGCGCCUGGCUUGGGCGAAGCACCUAACGGAGGCAGGCAUCGCUUACCGUUUCUUCUCGGCCGAGUUGGCCAAGGCAGAAAACGAGGCGAGAAAUCUCGAGGAUUCAGAUGAUGAGGCUGUUGAUUCUCCAGUAGAGGAGCAAGGAGAGAGCAGCGGUCAGCAAGAGCAAGAAGGCGCUUCUCUGACCGAGGAGUCUAAAGAGUCUCAAAUCGACCAAGAAGCCAAGGCGGCAGAGGAGGGCGACGAGAUUGAUACACAAAUUCUGACAGUCGAGGAGCUGGAGGGUAUUUUCCUGAAGCACGCUCCCGCCGACGCAGGCUCGGGUCACAAACUACAAGUUGGUCUAGUCGGCUACCCCAACGUCGGUAAAUCGUCCACCAUCAACGCUCUCAUCGGCUCAAAGAAGGUCUCCGUCUCGUCGACGCCAGGAAAGACCAAGCACUUCCAGACCAUCCAUCUCAGCCCGGAUGUUGUCCUGUGCGAUUGUCCCGGUCUCGUCUUCCCCAACUUUGCCACCACCAAAGCCGACCUUGUCUGCAACGGUAUCCUUCCCAUCGACCAGCUUCGUGAAUUUUUGGGCCCCGUCGGUCUUGUAACUCAGCGAGUUCCCCAGCCUUUCCUUGAGGCUAUCUAUGGUAUUCAUGUCCGUACCCGAGCCAUCGAGGAGGGCGGUACCGGAAUUCCUACCGCUAGCGAACUUCUUCGCGCGUAUGCUCGUGCCCGUGGUUUCCAGACCCAGGGUCUUGGUCAGCCUGAUGAGUCUCGAGCUGCUCGUUACAUCCUCAAGGACUACGUGGCUGGCAAGCUACUGUUCGUUUCGCCGCCCCCUGGAAUCGACGAUGCUGCCGACUUCAACCGUGGACUUUACGAUGAGGAGCAUCUCCCUGAGAAGCGACGUGCUGCCCUGUCCGCUGCUAUGAGCCACCUCUCUGUCGUUGACCCAGCCAGCAGCGAGCCUUUCCUUGCUGAUGACGAUGAGGCAGUUGAUUUGGCUUCAACCAUCAGCGUUCCUCUUCCCGCUGGCCCCAAGUCCCAGAAGCUCGACAAGGGUUUCUUCGGACCUGGUAGCAACCAGGGCCAUGUCAGCAAGCCUUUCAACUACCAAUACUCAGACCAAGGCAAGGAGGACCCUCUAGCAGGCAAACACCUGUCAGGCCGAAAGGCCCGCACAAUGGUUGCUCUCGAGAACGGCCUCGAUCCCAAGGAUGUCGCAAAGACAUCCAGCAAGAAGCACUUCAAGGGUAACCCCGCAGGAGGAAAGGGUAAACGACGUAUCGCUCGCAAGCUGAAUGCUGAAGAGGACUAA